CAGGCGUCGGGCAAGUUCGAAGUCUGGCAAGACCUUACAACUUCGAAGAUGCGCAGAAAUGUCGAAGAAGUUUGACACUAAAUAUCUGGAUCAUGUCGGCUAAAAUAGUAGUUCAGGAUACAAACUGUGCCUCUACUCCUGUGACAGAUAGCAGUGAAAGAACAUAUCACUGUGUAAGGUUUAAGGACAUGUCAGAGUGUAGCACUGAGGUUGGACAUGGAACGCCGUAUUUGCAAACCCGCAAACGGCGAUACAGUACUGGUCCGCCUUCAAAUUACAAAACAACUGGUGCUCAGAGGUUCUUGGCAGGCCGAAAGAUGGCAGCUGGCAAAUCCACAUCAGCUAAUCGCAGUCGCUUCCUUCUUGGUGGUAAUGUGAGAGAUCCUCUAAAUCUUGCCAGCCUAAACAAUGAAGACGUGAAUCGUCUUUUGAAUGCAGUCACACCAAAGUCAUCACCUAUGCCGACGCCGGCACACAGGAAAGAAGUUGUGGAAGUCAUAAUACCACCAAACAUUCAUGAUCCACUCAAUUUAAAUGCCGGGGAAGAUGGCGAUACGGGUGCAACGACUUCACAGCAUGGUGAGACAGGGAGUAUGAAAAAAAGGAAGAACAAGAAACGUAAUAAACGGCGACGGACAAUCAGUGAAGGAGAUGAUUGUCUUGUUGCAGCAACUGAGAGUAAAAGUAUUACUGGUAUUACUGCUAAUAUAUCACAGGAUGUUGCUAUUGAUGUCAAUAAGGCAGUCAGAGCGUGUGAAAGUGUUAGUGCCGCUAGUAGCGAACAAAGGAUUUCUACUGAUUUGGAUUUGACUGAGAAUUUACAGUCAGCUGUGCAAAGUGACACAAAGGCACUGUGGAAAUAUAAGAAGAAGAGGAAGAGCGGCAGCACAUCCUUGAACAAGCAAGAUGCGUUGCCGGAUGGUCACCAAAAAGUAGCCGACACGAUAGUGUCACCUGUAGUUUUGGUUUCGAAAUCGGCACCUGGGGACUCGGUAUCACCAAAGGUAAAGCGUCGCAAGCACUACAGCAGUAGUUUUUCAAAGCAGCCUAGCACAGUCAAGUCACAUGGAGCGGAUGGUAGAAAGCCGGCAACCAUCAGUGUACUACCGACCCUCGCUAAGAAGGACGCCUUCCUGCACGGAAAUCAUGCACGGCUCGUGUACGGAGAGGACGGUGACCGUCGGCUAAGAGCCUUCCGGAAGGAGUGGUUUAGGGACAAGGAUGUCAUAGAUGUCGGCUGCAACACGGGCCAUGUUGCGCUACACGUGGCCGAACACAUGCAGCCAAGAAGCGUCGUUGGAAUUGAUAUCGACCCGAGACUCGUCAAGGUAGCCCAGAAGAAUCUCCGGCGAAAAGUGACCAUGCGUGAUCCUCGGAUAGCAGCUUUUCCGACCUCCAUGAUGUCGACAUACGGAGCGAUUGGUGUGGCUUAUGCGGCAGAAAAAAGCGCUGUGAGGUUUCCCAACAACGUUACCUUUCGAGAGGAGAACUACGUGCUAAGUUGCAACUUGCUUUUGGAGACACAGAGGCCUGAAGUUGACACAGUCAUUAUGCUGAGUAUAACAAAGUGGAUUCACCUGAACUGGGGUGAUGAUGGUUUGAAGCGCACCUUUAAGCGCAUUUACGCCCAACUUAGGCCUGGAGGUCAUCUCAUCAUGGAAGCUCAGGGCUGGCCAUCUUAUGCGAAGAGCAAGAAUACAUCAGAUAAAACACGCACAAACUACAGCAAGAUUCGAAUGCGGCCUGAUCAGUACAGCGAAUACCUAUUGUCAAACGAGGUUGGAUUCUCAACUUGCGAGCUUGUAGAUUGCCCGUGUAACCCAGCUAAAGGAUACAAGAGGCCAAUCUAUCUGUUUAGGAAGCCACUGUCUACACACCACAGAAGCGUGAGCUCUGCAAAAUGUAGCAAGCAUGACAGCAGUUCAUCGCGGGAAGCCUCGGCACAUCACUGAGGUCAUGCAUCAUGGUGAAUCCUGGUGUUUGUGGUGAUGCGUGAUCCAUCAUCCUGAGAUGUCGCAAGUGCGGCAGAGAGACCGUCGUUAGAGGGACUAACUUGAGUGGUGUUAAUGUUGCGACGCUCUUGCUGUCUAACUGGCAUUCGCCUUGCACACGUGUGAGUCGUGCGUGUGAUGACUUGAUCUCCGUGCAAAGGUUGUAGCUAUUGUGGGCAGCCGCAAUUCACGUGAAAUAUUCGUAGUGCCGUGACAAAUCUUGAUGCCGUGUCAGCGAGGCAGUAUGGACACGUUAUCGGUUGUGACCUUCAACCAUGUAGUAAGGUCGUGUGCGAUAACAAAGUCAUGUGAUUAUUGCUUACUCACUACCCUGCUGGUAGCAUGGUAGUUGCCACAUCGUGCAACCACCGGGCUAGAUGUCUGCAGUAUAUAUGUGAAUAAGGGAUAAGAGACGAAAGUGGCAAUUCGAUUUAAUUGUCAUCGUCAUCAGCAGCUGCAUAAACAAGCCAUGUUAAAGCCAUUUUUAUUAUCGAUGUAAAAAGAAAACAUUUAUACAUAUAACGUCGUGAACAGUUAGUGUUUUUACGAUAUUGUCAUGUUAGUCUUAAUGAGUUUCUGUACUCAUUAACUGUCAUAUUAAUGAAUGUUCUUUCAGAAGUUAAUAUAGUAUCUCUGGUAUGAAUUACUAAUAGUAAGACUGGUUUUUGGUAGGCUACAUUCACUUUUGUAUGCUGACUUUAUCACCACCGUCUAAACAUAAUAGAACAAAUUGCAAAUCGAAUCAUUCCUUCAGUAAUAAAGUACAUUGCUGAAUAUGGAUUUUGUGCAGCCAAGAUUACUUUAAGAAAUAUGAUAAAACAUUCAGCAGCACUAGUUUAAAUGCAAAAAUCCUAUGUAAAUUUGUGUAAAGUACAUAAUAAUCUAGCAUGUAUAUAGGUAUAUAUGAAGUGUGCCAUACUGGCAAUCAAUGCAGUCUUACUAUGUCAGGUAGAUGGUUGAUUUAAUAACUUGUCUAAUAACAGGCUGCUUUCUGAAAUUAAAGUACAAUGUACAAAUAAUACUAUGCUAUACGUAUGUUAAGGUUGCAUUUAAGCCUAAUUGGACUUACUUGUUGCUUCUGUUUGUGCAUAGUUCUAAUUUCGAUUCGAGCUGAAAAUAUCAUUGAUUCUUUGUUAGAUGGAGAACAGUGCUAGGUUUACAAGAAAAUCUUUUGUGAAUAUACAUUUACAAUACAAGCUCUAUUUAUGCAAAACAGCACUUGAUUGCAUUGAAUCAGCAUCAUUAUUACGAAUACACCAUACACGGUUCAUAAUAGGUGUACGCAUGAUUAAAGCAUCUUUCCAUGUGGUGUCUUCUAUAAUAUUGAUGUGAAUCUCAUUGCUAUUUUACAUCUUUGAAACACAGGUAGAUACGUUCAGUCUUUUGCAGAGUACGUACGCUACAUUAAUAUCAGUAAAUAUUAAUUUUUGCAAUGUUCCCAUUAUUAUCACUUGGAAUCGCACAUGAUCCUUUUAAUUGGCACAUUGUGGCAUUGGUAGCAUAAGUUGUGGUGAUAGUAAACAUCAGCAACUAUCUAUUGAUUUUUUGAUUUUCUAAGCUAAUCUAGUUUUCUAUAUCUCCUAGGAAUGAUUUUGCAUUUUCAAGCUUUGCAUUAUGAAGUUUAUUCUGCUACUCAGUGGAGUUGAUCAAAUACAAAACGUUGCCACUUAUUAUCUACAAAUGA